AGAAUUUAAUAUUCUUGCAAGUUGUAAAUUCUACUACGUCGUCAUCAUGCGUUCAUAACUCACUAAAUCACACUUUCUAUUUUAUUUUUUUUUUAACUCAUCACCGUCCUUUUACUAAUACGACACCGUACCCCACCACCGAACAUGACCGCACCGACGACACCAAAUGUCACUUUCACACCCCCUAACGCUCCCAUCUUACCGCCGACGAUCCCCUCCGAUGUCAAACCUCCACACCGCCACUAACUCCUCCUCCUUCACCAUGUCGCCGGAAUCCACUUCCCUCAAUUUUCGACACAUUCUCACCGCAGCGCUGUUAUUCGCCACCGUUUCUCUCUCUUGCUUACUCCUCUUCAGAGACGCUGAUUACUCUUACUUCUCUUCCUCUUAUUCCUUUCCACGUUUUCCAACCGGUUUCCCUUUCGCUUCCGAUGAUUCCGUAGCGACUAGCAAUGAAUAUCCACUUGAAAAGAUUCUGAAUGAGGCUGCUAUGGAAGACAAAACUGUUAUAUUGACCACAUUAAAUGAUGCAUGGGCUGCACCAAAUUCAGUCAUUGAUCUUUUCCUGGAGAGCUUUAGAAUUGGAGUUCAUACUCGCAAGCUUUUGAAUCAUUUAGUAAUUAUUGCAUUGGACCAGAAGGCAUUUAUACGCUGUCAGGCUAUACAUACCUAUUGCUUUUUGCUUGUUAGUGAAGGUAGUGAUUUUCGUGAAGAGGCAUACUUUAUGACUCCUCGCUAUUUGAAGAUGAUGUGGAGACGGAUUGAUUUCUUGCGUUCAGUUCUUGAGAUGGGAUACAAUUUUGUAUUCACGGAUGCUGAUAUCAUGUGGUUUAGGGACCCAUUUCCACGGUUUCACCACAGUGCAGAUUUCCAAAUAGCGUGUGAUCAUUUCACAGGUAUUUUUGACGAUGUACAUAACAGACCCAAUGGAGGGUUCAACUUUGUAAGGUCCAAUAAUAGGUCAAUACAAUUUUAUAAAUUCUGGUACUCCUCACAAGAAACCUAUCCUGGAUACCACGAUCAGGAUGUACUCAACUUCAUCAAGAUUGACCCUUUCAUUAAUGAUAUCGGACUGAAGAUGAUAUUCUUGGAUACAGCUAAUUUUGGUGGGCUUUGUGAACCAAGUAGAGAUUUAAAUCAAGUAUGUACUAUGCAUGCAAAUUGUUGUUAUGGUAUGGAUAGUAAGCUUCACGAUCUGAGAAUUAUGCUUCAGGAUUGGAAACAUUAUUUGACCUUGCCUCCAAGUUUAAAGAGAUUGUCAAUUAUAUCCUGGAGGGUUCCUCAGAAAUGCAGCCUUGAUUCCCUCAAGACCAGCGGUUCACCAGAGAAGAGUGUUGAAGAAGAUUAAAGUUCUCAUUUCGCAUGUUAGUUUCCCUUCCCAUACAUCGAUUGGAUAUUCAAAUGGAAUCCGCAAAACGAAAGGUUUUUAUUUUUUCAGGUUAGCUUAGUAAACGAUAAGAAUUGAACUAUAAUAAUGCUAUUAAUGUAUAGACAGCUCUAGCCAGUAUAAAUUUGAAAAGAAAAGUCAAUUUUGUUAAACUAA